CCAGUUCGUUUCCAGCUCUCUCCUCCAGCGGCGCGACCACCACCAUCGGCCCACCACCAUGGAAACCGACCAGUGCGCAUUCUGACUUCAGUCUGGCAGACGGUUUCAACCUGUCUGGUCGGCGCAGGUGUGUCCGGCGCACCGGUCGUUGUUGCCAGCCGCGUUCGGUCGUCCACGUCGUCGUGCGGAUUCCCUGGAGGUCGUCGUCGCGGUGUCGUGCGCGGUAUACACGCAGAGAGGUGACGGGGAGAAGCUGGAAGCGCGCACGACAGUGUCGAGAGGGUCGCGUUGGCGGGGCCGAGCCGGGAUUUAUGGAACCACCCCAUGGAUAGUAACAUGUCAACUGCGGCCUUCAUACACCGGUCCGGUGGCUCUUCCAGCGCGUCAAGUGCUGGCACGGGAUCAUCGACCGGUGGAGGUCCUGGGAACCCGGCAGGAGGCAGCAGGAUGGCCGUCAUUGGCGUGACCAGGAACGUACGACUGAGGCGUCGCGGUAACGCCGGCUUCGGAUUCUCCUUGCGGGGUGGACGAGAAUACGCCGCCGGGUUUUACGUCAGCGACGUCCAGCCAGGCGGCGAAGCCCAUCGGAACGGAUUGAGGGUGGGCGAUCAGAUCUUACGUGUGAACGGAUACCCGGUGGAGGACGCGGUGCAUCAGGAAGUCGCGUUGCUGGCAAAGAAUCAGCAAGUGCUGGUGCUCAAAAUUCGAAGCGUAGGGAUGAUACCCGUGAAGGACAACCCGAACGAUCCGGUUACUUGGCACAUGGUGCAGCAACAGCAACAGCAGCUGCAAUACAACGAAACUGGUUUAGGUGGCAUCCCGAGCGCAGAAGUCAGAAUUCGGAUUCUCGUUGGCGAAAAGGGUCGCCUGGGCUGCGGCGUUUGCCGGGGCAUCGUGCCUGGUCUCACUGUUCAGGGCACGAGGGAAGGCGGGCCGGCACGUGCGGCCGGUCUGAAGGCCGGCGACGUAAUAAUCUGGUGCAACGGACAGCGACUCACCGAUCUGCCGUUCGAGAGGGCCAUCGAGGUGAUGCGCAGCUCGGCGAUCCUCGACCUCGUGGUGCAACGACCUACGCCCAAUCACCUUUACGACUGUCCCGAGCCGCUCUGGACGCGCGGCUCCAGCGGUUACGACUCCGAGACGUCCAGCGUGGUGGCCGCGAGCCCGCCGCCCCAGCCGAGCAAUCCGUCGUCCUCGCCGCAGCAUCAGCACCAGGACGGCAGGAUGCAUCAGCGGUACCCGCGCGACGACGCCUGCAACAGAAACGGCAGAAUGUGCUGUCCCCUAGCGCUGUCUACUAGCAGUUGCAGCUCCUCCUCGGAUUGGGCGCACGUGGAGCAGGCGCCGGAAUGGACGCGAAAACCGAAUAACACGACCGUAAUUCGUGUUAAUCAGAGCUCGAACCAGAACCAGAAUCACCGGCCUGUACCAGGCGGUCAAUAUCAUUACAACCCGCGCGGCAAUUAUGAAGAUGACAUUGACAACGAACCGCUUUACGAUCCGGUGGCGCCUAGGAUCGACUACGAGGUACACGAUUUCGAUGCGAAUCCACGGGAUGAGGCUAAUCGGCGCUUGGCUUAUCGGCGAGAUAACGUGCGACAGCAAGACGUGAUUUACGACGGCCCCGCGGACGACUUGUCCAUGUAUCACAGCUCCAAAGAAGACGGCCAAGCGGUCGGCAAUCGAUUGGCAGACCUGCAACUCAUGCAAAGACAGAGCGAAGCCGAGAGGAAGACGAUAACGACCGUGGAAGUGCAUCAGUCAGUUUGUCCACCUGCACCGCCUCCGCCGCUUCCUUACAAAUGGCCAGCAGAGACCAAACCGAUGAAUGCUAUGGGCAUGCAAAUGGGCAGUACCAUGUCGAUGGGCAGCACCGGCUCCACGGAAACUGAGUCGAGCCUCGAGUCGUCCUGCAGCAAGGACUCCGCGUCGACAUCGUCGUCGCUGUCGACAUCGUCGUCCUGCGAACCCGCGUCCACCGUGUCGUACGGAUCGGCUACCGGCGGGUCCAGCAGCGUCGCCAGCAAAACGGAGACUUCAACGGCCGCAUACGCGACGGCGCGCAAUUGCACCGCCAGGACCUCGCCGAUCGCCAGCACCGAUUUGAGCACUGCUAUCACGCAGGAGUUGCAGAGGCGAGCACAACAGAGAAUGAAUAAUGCCGCUAAAGCGGAAGCGCCAAAGGAAAAAACUCCGGACAAUCGCAAGCCUCAGAAUCCUGAAGCUUUAAGGUCGCAGGAGCAAAAAGUCACACACGAUAAGCUAAUGGAGGAGUUUAAGCGUGCACACCAAAAGAUGUUCAAUUCCGCUCAGCAAAAGGCUCAGUCCGCGGAUCAAGCUUCUGAGAAGGAGCAAGAGAAGAGGAUACUCAAUGGGACCUCGUCAGCAACAACGUCGACAUCGACGGGUGCUCCGAUACCGCCACCAGCGCCUCCUCCACUUCCGCUUCCCUCUAAAAGUCGCGGCAACGACGACUCGGUGGAGAUGCAAAGCAUCGAGUCCUUCAAGCUGAAGGAGACGCCCAACACGGUACCGAAGCCACCGCCGACGUACUUCCCAGUGUCGAGCCCGUCCGCGGCCCCGAACGGGAGUCCGCGUCAUAUCGGAGGAAGUAAGCCGCCGACGUCCAACGGCAAGGACGCCGCGACGAGCCCGGUCGCGGAGUUCGCCAAGACUUCGCCCUCGUCAGCCUCGCCGACCAACGGCGCUCAGCCGGCGAAAUCGACCAUCGGUGGCAAGGUGGCCAUUAGGAUAGGCGCGUACGAGGGCGAGACCAAGCAGCCAUCGAGACUGGAAUUCUUGUCGCAGCAGACGCGCGAGAAAAACGGCACCGACGACGCGUCCACUAACGGUCCGGUUGUGUCCAGGCUGCAGAACGAGCUCGCGGCGACCCUACAAAGGUCGAAUCUCAGAAGAAAGACUGAAGGGGAGAAUCAAUCGCCCGUGAAGACCAUUCCCGAGAACGCAGUAACGUCCAGCAGCGAUACAACGAAUUCAGACUCGAACAAACAUUCUCAUGGCAGCGUUGAGAAGCUCGCCUCCACCCUCAACAACAAAGUCACCAUUAAAGUGAAUCCGGAAAACGGUAGUCGAUAAAAGUGCAAUGUGCGAGUUCAGUCGAAAGGACGUAGAGAAUGGAUCCUUGUACCUUCGUAAAUUUUGUACAUUUUUGCACGUUCCGCUAACUGUUUCGACUUUAUUAUACAAGUGAAAAGGCGCUCCCGCUAUUGGUGAGGUUCUUUUACACACGUACGUGUUUUUUAUAUCUUAUUUAUUAUCGUAUUAUAUAUACACUUCGAGUAAGGAGCAAAGGAGCUAAUUCUUAUUAACCGAGACAAGGUAUUACGACCAGUAUUUACCACGUGGUCCCUGUCUUUAAAUGUAAUCUACUGCGCGAUCGCGGCUAUGUACGAAUCUUAACAGAAAAAAUUCGACGAUACGUUGAAUUUCUAAAUAAAAACGACGAUACGUAAUACUUGGUUUUCCAA